GGGCUGAACCGGGGGAAGCCUCUCCAUCAUCCACGACUGCAGAGUCACACACACUCACUCCCCUCUCAUCCACUGGAAACAUGACUGCCAAAUCCCGACAGAAGAGCGUGGAGAAGAGCGCAGCGCCCAGCCAGGAGGAUGCGCCAAAGGAAAAGAAAAGCCCGAAGAGCGGCGGCGGUAACGGGGCGAGUAGUAGCGGCCCCGGGCCCCAGGGGCCCCAGCAGGGCCCGCGCACUGGCACAACCAGCAGCUGCCUCGGCCUCUUCAUGAACGCAGUGUUUUAUGUAGCGUUAUUGGGUUCUGCGGGUGUUUUAGCUUUUUAUUUGCAGCAAGUAGUGGAGCAGGUCAGUGAGACAAACGCACGGCACGAGGAGAGCGCACGGCAAAGCGCAGACCUGAGCAGGAAAAUGGAGAGUGUCGUCACUCAGGUGGAGUCUCUGAGAAGUGUGGUGGACGGGCUGGAGUCCUCGCUGGGCAUCACGCGGGUGGAGCUGGAGUCGGCCGUGAGCCGGACGAAGAGGGGCGAGGUGCAGACGAGGAAGGUGGAGGAGGCCCUUCAGAAGCUGCAGAACGAUCUGCUCCAGGACCUCUCGGAGGGCAUCGAGGAGGUGAAGGAGGCCCGGGAGAGGGACUUCUCGUCCCUGGAGAGGACCGUGGAGGAGCGCCUGGCCGAAGUGAGUCGGUCGGUGGCGGCCAGCGUGGCGGAGUUCACCCAGGCCCAGGGCGAGGCCCGGACUCAGCUGGCUGAGCUCAGAGCUCGCCUGGGCGAUACCGAGGACCCCGCGCUCAUUAAACAGGAACUGUCGGCCAUAGCCGACACUGUGGCCGAAAUCAAAUCGGAGAAAAAUGCAGCCGAAAAAGAAUCAGAGCAGCUCAGACAGCAGAUGGGCUCGGUCAGGGAAGAGCUCCAGACCCGCAACCAGGAAGUAACCUCCAUCUCUCAGGACGUCGAGACCGUCAGGUCAGCUUUCCAGGAGACGGUGGGGAGCCUGAAGGAGUCUCUGUCUGCAGCCGAGGCUGGAGUUCAGGCUCUGAGGGAAACCACCGCCACACUGCAGAGCAGCAUCAGCCAGGUGAGUGAUGCUGCUCGCAACGCGGAGGAGAAGGUGGAAGCAGCGGCUGCUCAGGCGCUGCAGAGAUCCGAGGAGCUCGAAGCUCGGGUCAAGGCAUCGGAGGAGAUGGGAGACUCGCUGACGGCAUCGUUGUCAGGUGUGACCUCGAGAGUUGAAUCACUGUUCGCCAAAUAUGAAGCACAGGAGAGCGGCCUCGUGUCUCUGGGUGAGGAAAUAGAGCAGGCCAUAGGGGAUCUGGAGCAGCAGCUGGAGGCUGUGAAAAGCAGCGUGGAGCAGCUCCAGUCCAACGCCGGUGCAGCUCCCACCGAGUCGGCUUCAGGGGAGCUCGACAAGAGGCUCGCCGCUCUGGAGGAAAGCAGCAGCAGCAGACUCGACGCCGAGCAGCUGGAGAGCCUCAGAUCGGCGGCGGAGGAACUGAAGAGUGCAGAGGCCAAGUUAGAAGGUCACGAGCAGGCGAUUUCUGCCCUGCAGGAGGCGCUGCGGGCGACAAGUCUGACGCUGGCCGGGCUGUCCGAGGACGUGAGCGAGGCGCAGAAAAGCAGCACGGAGGAGCUGCAGUCCAGGAUCACGGCUCUGAGCGGAGCGCAGGACGAGUUAACGGCUAAGGACUCCAGCCUGGACCAGCAGGUGGAGGAUCUGGAGAAGAGGCUCGCUGCUCUGGAGGAGGACGGCAGCAGGGUGGAGCCGGAGCAGCUGGAGACGCUGAGGACCAUGGUGGACGGGCUGGAGAGCCGAGCAGCCAAGCUGGAGGGCCACGACGAGGCCAUCGCUGCGCUGCAGGAGGCCCUGCAGAAAACCACGGAGACGCUCGGCGUCCUGAGCGAAGACAGGGAGCCCUAGUCCUCCCAUCAGGGCACAAAACAUCCACAUACAGGGACAGGCAUGAACGGUGAACACGCUCCACUUCUCUCUCAUGAAGAAUUAUUCCUCAAACUUGAUAGCUGAUGUCACCACGUUGCACACUUUAAUAUAUAAUAAAAAAAAACGAAAAAAACAAGACGGGUGGGAGUAACAAAGCUGGACUGCUGAUCUGUGAAUUUAAAUUCAAACUCAUUCUGCACUGUAGUUUCAUUUCUGAUGUUUUUAAAUGUAUUAACUUUUAAGAGGGUGCUUUUUUUUUUUACUUGGGGGAAAAAAAACCUCCAC